AUGGACAAGAGAGUGCUAUUGAUCUUUGCAUUACUAGCUUUGCUUGGAUUGGCACAAUGCGAUGGUACUUACAAAGAACCGCCUUCAGAGAUAGACGAAUCCAAACAUCGAGAUCUAAAAUGCAAGCCCGGUAGGACAGUAAUUAGAAUAGAGCAACCCUCAAACAAAACCUAUUAUUCUGAUGAAGAAUAUGAAGAAGUAAGACGAACACACAUGAAUACAGGCGUAAAAGAUGAGACCUGCCAGAUUUGUGUGUGUUCCGCUGAAGGGAAAGACGAGUACUGCUCUCAAAGACCAGCUAAAAAUAUAAAUGAAUGCAUUCGACUAGCUCUAAUAAGAGAAGAUAUGGCUAAAGGGCUGCCGUACGCUCAUGACAGAACUUUGGCUUAUCGGAUUAGGCGAGUUGGAGACAAAGCAGAUGAGGAUAAGUGUGUACCGUUUGUGUCACAAUACUCGGACUGUUCAGAUGAAAACAUGUGUGGUGGUUGCAUAAGAUGCAGCUGUACUGCCGAAGGAAAGUGGUCCUGCCAGGAGGUCUUUGAGUGUAAUGAUGUAGAUGAUAAUGAUGAUAAAAGCAAUACCAUCACUGACACGGUCAACGUAUUGUUUUCAGAAGUAAAAGAAAGACAGAGGAAGAUGAAGGAAAAACGAAAAUUACACCAAUUUGCUCCUCCGCCGCCGAAAUCUGAAUUUGAUUCUCUGAUAGUUCCAGAUGAGUUUCCUUAUGAAGAAACAUUUGAAAAAUUCAUGGAUAGAAACGAGCGAUUUAAAAGAUCCAUAGAUACGGUUUCUGUGAAAAGUGUAGAAAAUGAGACUAUCAAAUUUCAUAACACAGUGGAUGAAAUAAACGAAGAUACAUUAAGAAACUCAAAUAAAUCUGGGACAAUUGAGGCAAGGAAAGUAAAUGGGAUAGAGUUAUCGACAAGGAGGAAAAAUGUCGGUUAUGAUAAAACUGAGUUAAGCUCAUUGCAUAUUGAAUAUAAUCAACCCCAAGAUUAUGAACAUCACAUCGCUGAAAAUAAAAUUGAUUCACCUCCUCAUAGCAAUGAUAAAUCAAACUUAAGUAACAAAGAGCAAAUACGUAACAUAAUGGGAAAUUAUUCACAAGCCACAAAAGAUCAAAAUUUGUCAAAGAUAGUAGUAAAUGAAUUAAAGAAGGGCAAAGAAAUAAUUGGCGAUAAAAAUGCUAUUCCAAUGUCUAAUAUAACAUUUACUCCAGAAAAUGAUACCCUGACGGCGAUGGCAUUCAUAGCUGGAAAUUUACUAAAUAAACUUUGGAAUAUGGAUAAAGAUUCAAGCGAGUCUUUUGAAUCUGAUUCAUUGAAACACCAAAAAAUAAAUGAUCUCCUUGAAUUGUUUAAAGAACCACUAAAUGCGAGACAAGAAUUGUUUCUGAAAAAUGCACUAGAAAAGCUGUCUCAUUCUCUUAAUAAAAAUAAAAAUUUGCGUAAUAUUACUAUAUGUGAAACUCUGGAGACUGAUGAUUUAGAAAAUAAGUCAAGUAACAACAUUUUUGAUGUCAACAAAAAGUGCAACAAAAGUACAACAAGCAAGUCUACAGAAAAUAAUUUCAACAAACCAAAAAAGACUGAUUCAAAAACUAUAGAUCAUUCCGAUGUAGCAGAAAAGUUAACAGAUGUUUUAAAUUUAAUAAAAAAAUUCGAAAACACACAGAGAGCCCUGAACAAUUUGAGAGAAAAGGUAGAUUCAGCGUCAAAGCAAUCUUCAGAUGAGAAUUUAUCAGAUAACAAUAAUACUAAGUUUAAUUUAUUCGGAAAAGUUUUAGAAAAGGUAACGAAACUAUUAUUACCUUACAGGCACUCUAAAAGAAUGAUUAACAAAAUUAAUAAACUUCAUCAACUGAAAGAUAGACAACAGUUAAAGGGCCAACUAUUCAGUAGUUUAUCAAUCUCUGCUAAAGAUAAAAUUAUUUUAGAUUACUUAAAUCAUAUAAAAAAUAAUCCCAACUGCUUACUUAGCAAAAUAGCUGCUAAUUCAGAAAUUUUUGAAGAAAAUCUAGUAGGCAUUAAAGGAAACGUAAUCGAAAGUAUUACUAAGUUGCUUAGUGGUAAAUCUUUAAUUGAUAUAGAAAAACUAAUUGUACCUCAAAAGACUACUGCAUCAACUACCAUGAAGCCUACAACUACUAAAGGUUUUCAGCUACUAAGAAAAUCAAAAGAACUAGAACCCGUAAAACUUGCUUCAGCUAAAGAAAGGCUUAAAACCCACCUACAAUCCAUUAUUUAUGAUUUAGCUGAACUACAGAAUGAACGUGGAAAUCAUGGAAGGGAAAUAAAUAUUACAGACAUCUUACCAUGCAUAAGUCAUUUAAUUAGUGACAAUAAUAAAAAUAAAGAAUCUUUAGAGAUGUCUCCAACUAAGAAGGACGAUGGUUUGCCCAUAGAUAACAUUGAAAAGUUAAUAGAUGCAUUACAAAUAGAGUUUAGAUCUAAUUCGUUAACAAGAAGAAGUGACCUGGGAGAGCGAUCAACAUCAGCUAGAGUUUGGGAGCGUAUAUUAAAAAACAUGGAUUUUAAAAGAAUUAAAUCACGUAGAUUUCUGCUGGAUAAAUCUAAAUCUUACAGUGAUUUAAAGAAAACAAUAGAAAACAUCGAAAAACUAAGUGGUACAUAUAAAAACUAUGCGUUGCUAUCUGUUAUACCCGCCUAUAAAAAAAGAAUGUUGUUAAAAACCUUGCAAGCAGAUGUAACACGGCAUAGUAAUGUGUUAACUCAAAUAGAAAGUUCAUUUAGUAGUUUGAAACAUAUAUCUUCUGAAAAUUUAAAAGAUGUUGUAGAAUUUAUAGAUAAUACAGAAACGAAUAUAAAGUUAAGCAACAACGUACUUAGAAAUUUAAAUAAAACAGACAAUAAGAUGGCAAAGCCACUUCCAAAAUUGUUAGAAUUGAAAUCAGAAAGAACGCCUCUAAUACAAAAUAAUUACAUUAAACAGCAAACAAAUAGAAAUAUAAAGUUAACUAGAGAACAGAUAAUGAAUCAACUAAUGCUUAACCGUAUUCAGCUGUAUCUAAAAAUGAAAGAAGAAGAAGGGAUCAACGAGAAUGAUCUUAAUUAUAACAUUGGAAAACGAGCUUUGAUAGCAUUACGUAACGGUAAUAGUAGACUUGCGAAGGAGCUAUAUCAAAUCUUAGUAGAAAGCAAAUUGGUCAGAAAUGUACCACAGACAAGACGAAUGCGUAAGUAA